AUGGCUCAUGGCGAGCCUCAAAAGAUCGACACCGUCAUUGUCGAUCGAAGGGGAAGCAAAACUGACCAUGGAUCUCUCGUCAACUCCAUAGGAAACGGCCCCUCCGCCUUGAUUCUUUCGUACAUCCUCCAUGGGCACAUUCCCUACUACGAUAAAUCCAGUCCACAUCCCGAUGCCAUCCUCAAUGAGAAGCUACUUCGAUUGGCCCACGAUCUUCUCGAUAUCGACUUUGACUACUUGACGGAGCAUUUUGCGGGUUCGCGGUUUUCUUACUCAACUCAAGCCCUCCCGGUCAACGUCUUGCUCGACACAUUAGUGAGGCCUCUGGGGGAAACAGAUGACGCCGAGAAAAAGACAUGUGUCAGGUGGGCAUACGAGCCCUCACGAGCGGUACCUCACAUGGUCAUUGGACAAACCCACAGCGCGGGCGGACAAUGGGUAGAGAAUCCUGUUCGUGCGAGUUGGGAUAUUGGAACCCUCAGUUAUGCGGGAAUGAUCUCCCUCCCAGGCUACGGUUUUGAUGAACACUAUCAGAAACGAAAUGGCCGGCCUAUGCCAGUCUACCUCAGGCCAUCCCGACAUGCUGUGGCCGACUAUCUCGCCGAAUAUCCUUACCAUGUGGGUAUCGCCGUCUCAGUCCGGAACGGAGAGCAAGUCAGCGGGAUUUCUCGUCGUGGCGAUGGUUUUUACGUCGCGUCGCAUAACAUCCUGUGUAGGAAUCUUGUCCUUGCGUCUGGAGUUUUCAGCGAACUCAUCCAGCCGCGACCUCUACUCCGUCCACUUGUUGAACUUCCUGCCAAACAGAUGGGACCGUCUCCGAACCCGCUUCUUGUCAUUGGCUCCGGCUUCAGUGCUGCCGAUGUGAUUAUUUCGAGCCCGCCAAACCAAAGAAUCAUUCACAUUUACAAAUGGGCUCCUUCAACAUCUCCAUCUCCGUUACGCGCUUGUCACCAGCAAGCUUAUCCCGAAUAUGCAGGGGUGUAUCGCCGAAUGAAACUUGCCGCCAACCCUUCCCCUACGCCCAAGGACAAACGCCUGAGAAAUCGUCGAAUCAUGUCCGAAUUUGAAUCAAGUCGCGAUUGGAAUGCGACGUACGAGGGACUGCCAAACACUGAGGUCAUCGGUGUUCAAGUCACCGACAACGGGCUCGCAGCCAUUGUCACUUUGCAACAUGCCAGCAAGACCGAACCGCCAUUUCAGCGCCAUGUGAGUGGCUUGGAGUAUGUGGUUGGGAGACGGGGUUCGCUCAAUUAUCUCUCACGGAGCCUUCUGCGGGAAGUGGUAACGAAAGAAAUUGAUGUGCCACCGCCUUCAAAUGCCGGUCUGAUAUCAGCGCAGAUAUUACGCGAGAAGGCGAAUGAAGAUCUCGAGGUUGCGCCGCAUGUUUUUAUCAUCGGUAGUCUCACUGGCGAUUCCUUGAUUCGCUUUGCAUACGGUGGAUGUGCCUACGCUGCAGGGAAGAUCAUGCGGGACGAGUCUCAGAGUGGUAAGAAUGAAGUCGAGUUGAACAAGUCAAGGAACACCGGGGCAGUCAAGGUUUGUCUGGGCCAGUACCAAACACCGGCUUCGUCGCCAAAGAUUCCUGCUAUGAAUGGCCUAGAUGGGCAUGAGUCGAGUCCUGUGAGCUUAGCGGAAAGAACUGUUAUGUCUCUGGAUAGACGCAAAUAG